AAGAAAAAGAAAAGAAAAAUAAAAUAAAUUUUGUUUUAUUUUGAAAAUACGUUUUUUAGUAAAUUGUGUCACAGACAAUCAGUCACUACGCACUCGCAAUUUUGUUGAGUUUUCGUUUUCGUUUUCAUUUCACUCUAUUUAAACAAUGACAAAUACAACUGUUCCACAAACAGAUUCAGCGAAAGUAUUAGAAAAUAUACUACCGGUAUUGCCAAAAAAUGUAGGACAUUUACAAAAGGAACCCAUCGAAAUCGAUUGUCCCUCCUGUCAACAGCGUUGUGUUACACGUGUUGAAAGACAAGCGGUUACCGUAUUGCAACGUUUAGUUGCAGUCAUUAAUACCGGCCUUUGUUGCACUCCCAUACGUUGGAAUGGACGCCAUGACAUAAAUCACUACUGCAGCAAAUGCGGUUGCUUUAUCGGUCGCUAUAUCACUUUGAGCUGGUACAAACGUCAACUGUUUCGCAUGCAACGUUCCGAUGUAGAGGAAGAAGGCAGGUGGCAACGUUUUCGUAAAGUCGAAAAAGAGCAAUUGGACAAGGAUAAACAAAAACAUUUAAAAUUGCUCAAAAAAACCGAGGAGGGUGCUGAUGGUCAACAGACUACAGUCAAUAAAUAAAUAUAAAAUAUUUGUAUAAAUUUCGAUUUUGAGCGCGAACGUAUGAGUAUUCAAAAUUAGUUUAGUGUUCAAGUGUAUUUUUUUUUAAUUUUAUUUAUUUAUUUCUAUAUUUAAAAGUGCUUAAAAUUUUAAUCGUUUUGUAUAAAAUAAAUUAAAUCUUCUU